ACGUUCGAUGCGUGUCACGAUUGCUUUGCUCUGCCUCACGGCGGUGGUGUACUCGGUGGUAGCCAUGGAUACAUGGACUACCAAGAACUCGAUGCUCCUUGCAGUGAGUGACCAUUCGGCGUCGGUGAUCGGGUCCCGGAUUGUUGUGGUGGGCGGGUGCUCCGGUGGCCAGACAUGCUCGGGGAGCUUUUGUGGAUGCACCAAUGUUACGGCGCAGGUCCAGGUGCUGGCGACGGCGACGGAUAGCUGGAGCUACGGCCCGGCUGCGCCGCGCGAGCGGUACCGCGGCUCGUCGGUGACACUUGGAUCGAAGGUGUAUGUGUUUGGCGGGCGCGAUGUGAGUGACAACCUGGUGACGGCGGUCGACGUGCUCGACGCUUCAGCGGACGAUGUGGCGAGCUGGAGCUGGAGCACGCUGGCGGCAGCGCUGCCGUCGCCGCGAUCGGACCAUUGCUCGUUUGUGAGCGGCGGAAAAGCGUACGUGGUUGGCGGGUAUACGGCGGCGUACGAGACGCUCGCGAGCGUGGCAACGUACGACGCUGCGACCGACUCGUGGGCGAGCGCGACCGACAUGCCGUCGUCGCGCGGCGAUCUCGGAUGUGCAGAGCUCGACGGACGUGGGUACGUGUUUGGCGGCUUCUCGGGAACCGACUUUUGCGCGCCGGUUGGGGCACUCGACGAGUACAACCCGACGACCAACACGUGGCGGGCGCGGGCGGCGCUGGCACAUGGGCGCGGCGACAAGGCGUUUGUGGCGGUGGGCGGCAAGCUGUUUGUGAUGGGCGGCGAGAAGAAGAACGCGACAACCAACUGCAGCAAGUACUCGUAUCCGAUCGUCGAGGUCGAGGUCUACACCCCGAGCACCGACUCGUGGGAGCUCGACACGCCGAUUCCCGACGAGCGGUUCCGGUUCGCGGCGGCGGCGUACGGCUCGUCGAUCUACGUGCUUGGCGGGCAGGGCGAGCUCAAGGUAGCGAGCGACUCGUACGACUCACUGGCGACGGUGGAGACCCUGGAGGUGACUGGAGCGAGCUCGUCAGCGGUACGAGCGGCGCACACGACCGUAGUGGCAGUGGCAGGCCUUGCGGCGGCAGCGGUGAUGAUGGUGGUGUUAUAGGAGAAUGAAGGUACAGGGAAGAGACCACGAGCGCAAUUAGACGAGGGCAGCACUGGAACCAUUGGGCGAGGCGACGGUCAUGUGCGAGAGCAUGGCCUGGUCGCGGUUGUGCGGGUCCGGCGAACCGUCGGAGAGCGACGAGUCCAUUGCGGCGUCCGAGCCGACAGCGAAGCUGCCGAAAGAGUGCGGCGAGCCCGAGAGAGCAAUGGCCGGGUUCGG